AGAGGCCAGCACAGCCUCUCCGACCCCAGCAAGUGACCUGUCAGGUGGCCGUGAGCACAGACCCCUGGAGAUGAAGACCCUGCUCCUGACCAUCGGCCUCAGCCUCAUUGCUGCCCUGCAGGCCCAGGACCCCCUGGCCUUGGGCGAGGAGACUCCGGACGUCUCAGGGAAAUGGUAUCUGAAGGCCGUGACCGCCGACCAGGAGAUUCCCGGGGAGAAGCCUGAGUUGGUGACUCCCAUGACCCUCACGGUCCUGGAGGGGGGCAACCUGGAGGCCAAAGCGACCGUGAAGGUGAGGGGUCAGUGCCAGGAGACGAAACUGGUGCUGGAGAAAACCAAUGAGCCCGGCAAAUACACGGCCGACGAGGGCAGGCGCGUGGUGUACAUCUCGCCGUCGAACGUGAUGGACCACUACGUUCUUUACUGUGAAGGCGAGCUCCGGGGGAAGCAGAUCCGGAUGGCGAAGCUCGUGGGAAGAGACGCGGAGAACAACCAGGGGGCCCUGGAGGAUUUUAAGACGUUCGCGAGAGACAAAGGGUUCGACCCGGAGAAGAUCUUCACGCUCACGCGCCAUGAAACCUGCUCUCCAGGAAGCGAUUAGGGACGGGGGGCACCGUGGCUCCACAGCAGCCCUGAGGCGGCACCACCAGGACCCUCCGUCCUGCAAGACACAGAAGGAGCCCCUGACCAGGGGGCCUGGGUCACCUCCUGCCACCCCUCCUGCACCCCCACCCCCUCCUCCCCAGCCCUGCAUCCCCCUCCUGGUUCCGCAUAAAGAGCUUCAGCAGUU